AGAAACAAAUAAAGCCAACUGCUCUAUCACAUCCACACCACCAAGCCUGUGUUCCAGAACCUGUGGUCCAGAAGCCUCUUCAGUAAUGUUGUCCCCAGACACAUCAAAACUACCAACCCCACUCACCAAUGUGAAGUUUCAAUAUACGAAGAUCUUCAUUAACAAUGAGUGGCAUAAUUCAGUGAGUGGUAAGAAAUUCCCUGUCUUUAAUCCUGCCACUGAGGAGAAGCUCUGUGAGGUGGAAGAAGGAGAUAAGGAGGACAUUGAGAAGGCAGUGAAGGCCGCACGGCAGGCUUUCCAGAUCGGCUCUCCAUGGCGCACGAUGGACGCCUCUGAGAGGGGACGCCUGCUGUUCAAGUUGGCUGAUUUGAUUGAGAGAGAUCGCCUGCUGUUGGCAACAAUGGAAUCAGUGAAUGGUGGGAAGCUAUUUGUCAAUUCUUAUUUGGUGGAUUUGGACAUUUCCCUAAAAGCUUUACGUUACUGUGCAGGAUGGUCUGACAAGAUCCAGGGCCGCACAAUACCCAUAGAUGGAGAAUUUUUUACUUAUACAAGACAUGAACCUAUUGGUGUGUGUGGGCAAAUUAUACCUUGGAAUGGCCCACUGAUCAUACUCAUUUGGAAAGUAGCAACUGCCCUGAGCUGUGGAAACACUGUGGUUGUCAAACCUGCAGAACAAACUCCUCUCACCGCUCUUCAUGUGGCAUCUUUAAUAAAAGAGGCUGGGUUUCCUUCUGGAGUAGUGAAUAUUGUCCCUGGUUAUGGACACACUGCAGGUGCUGCCAUUUCUUCACACAUGGAUAUAGAUAAAGUGGCCUUCACUGGAUCCACACAGGUUGGCAAAAUGAUCAAAGAAGCUGCUGGCAAAAGCAACCUGAAGCGGGUGACCCUGGAGCUGGGUGGGAAGAGCCCUUGUAUUGUGUUUGCCGAUGCAGACUUGGACAAUGCUGUUGAAGCUGCCCACUUUGGAGUAUUCUUCCACCAGGGUCAGAUCUGCAUAGCUGCAUCUCGCCUAUUUGUGGAAGAAUCAAUUUAUGAUGAGUUUGUCAGAAGGAGUGUGGAGCGUGCUAAGAAGUAUGUUCCUGGAAAUCCUCUCACCCCAGGAGUCACCCAAGGCCCUCAAAUUGAUAAGAAACAAUAUGAGAAAAUCCUUGAACUCAUUGAGAGUGGGAAGAAAGAAGGGGCCAAGCUGGAAUGUGGAGGUGACCCAUGGGGAAAUAAAGGCUACUUUAUCCAGCCCACUGUUUUCUCUAAUGUUACAGAUGACAUGCGCAUUGCCAAAGAAGAGAUAUUUGGACCAGUGCAACAGAUCAUGAAGUUUAAAACUCUAGAUGAAGUUAUCAAGAGAGCCAACAAUACUACAUAUGGUUUAUCAGCAGGAGUCUUCACCAAAGACCUAGAUAAAGCUGUCACAGUGUCCUCUGCCCUGCAGGCUGGGACAGUGUGGGUGAACUGCUAUGGUGUGGUGUCUGCUCAGUGUCCCUUUGGUGGAUUCAAGAUGUCUGGAAAUGGAAGAGAAAUGGGAGAAUAUGGUCUUCAUGAGUACACAGAGGUGAAGACAGUCACAAUGAAAAUUUCUCAGAAGAACUCAUAAAAAAAGCUUCAAAUAGGCAAGGGCCUGGGUUCGAGUCCCUGGUUCCCACCUACAGGGGAAGUGUUGUAAGUGGUGAAGCAGUGUUAUAGAUGUUUCUCUGUCUCUGUAUCACCUCUUUUCCUCCCAAUUUCUGGCUGUCUCCAUCCAAUAAAUAAGGAUAAUAGUAACAUUAAUAAUAGAAAUUAUAAGAGAUAGUUUCCUCUGUGACUAAACAUAUCCUAUAGUGGCAGAUAUAUCAUCAUGUAGUUUAAAUACAUGCCUGUUCUCUUGAUUUUAAAUGUAAUCUAAUGAUAUUAACAUUAAUACUACACAUAGAAAAGUUGACAUGUAGCUCACUCUGAAGAAUCCUUUAUCUUCUGUCAUGUAAACCCCAAGGUCUAUCUGUAGUAAAGAGAACAAAUAUGGAUGUGAGAUCUCUCUAGCUCUGCCAUAGUCAUGUACUCUUCUUUGUAACUGCUUACCCAUAAUAGUUAUCAGUCACCAUCUUUCUCUUAAUGAUCCUUUAAAGUGUUUAACAUGCCUCUUAACAGCAGAGUGUAAGUGUUCUGUUCCAGUAGUUGUGGAGUCUCUGGAGUUGGUUAAAAAGUUUCCCAGAAUGUCAUGUCUGCUUGUCAAAGUAAUGCCUAAAGUACUUAGCUGUAAUCCAAACAUUAUGUUUAAUAAAAAUAACCUUGCAUGA